AUGUCUGUCGCAAGCAGGACUUUGUACCAGCCCUUCCAAUGCCUCAUCUGCCAGAGUCGCUUUACCCGGCAUGAGAACCUCAAGCGCCAUGCCCUCCUCCACACCCGCUCCCACGACGAACCUCAGCUGCCCUGCAGCUUUUGCUCGGCGACGUUUUCGCGGCCGGACUUGCGAAAUCGGCAUAUGAAGAGAAAGCACCCUGAACAUGAAGUGAGGAGAGUGAAGAAAAGGACUCAGCGGGAAGGGUCGGCGAGGCAGUGGAGUGAUGACAGUGGAAAGGACUCGGUGUCUCCUGCAGACAGCCAUGAUGGCUUGUUUCAACAAGCCGAAGACAACCAGCACUUGCAAAGCGACUGGAGAGAAGAGCAAUCGCAGAGCAUUUCAGACCUGCUGCAGCAGGCGAUGGAAGAGCCGCGCAUUGAUCGGAUCGGACAGGACGUGAUGGACUUGCAGACGUUACUGGAUGGUAGGCCAUCAUUCAAGCCACCUGGAAGUCGUGAUGACCAUGGCUCGCCUGAGUUCACGCCCUUUAAUGUCGAACACGAAGACUGGACGCCGUCGCCUGUUCAGAUCUCGACGGGCUGCGCUCUCUUCUUCGCCCACGUCUCGAACUUCGUCCCCUUCCUCCACAAACCGACGUUUGAUGCGAACAAAGCGCCUCUUCAUCUUCUACUGAGUAUGCUUUCUCUCGCCUACCAAUAUGGCUCCGAUCCAGACACAAUCAGCCCGGACUCAGGGGUCCUCUCAGCCCGCUGCUUCCACCGCGCCCGCACCGUCCUCACCACCCAGUCCACCAUCGAUACCGAUCCCAUCGCAACAGUCCAAUCUUACAUCCUCCUCCAAAUAGCCUCUAUGAUGUACCUUUCUUCCGAGUCCCACCAUACCCUUCAACUGCAUUCGACCAGCAUAUCACUGGCUCGAUCAUCAGGCCUUAUGCAGCCCACCCCCAUCGAACCAUCAACAUCCACCUCUCUCCAGACCCUCUGGCACGCCUUCGUCACCGCCGAAUCCCACAAACGCACCCUCUUCGCCCUCCACCAGAUCGACGCCCUCUGGUACCAGUUCCUCUCCGUACCACGGUCGGUCUCGCAUCUGGAGGUUAAGCACGACCUGCCCUGUCCAGGGGAGUUGUGGGCCGCAGACUCAGCAGAACAAUGGGCUCACGGACAACUAAUACGGGGCCAAACACAAUCGGUGCAGUACGCCGACGCCGUGCGGCAAUUCCUCUCCCAAGACACCCUAGAAAAUACCCCCUCAUUCGACCCCUACGGCGCCAUCAACAUCACGCAGUUCCUCAUCUCCUCGGCGCGAGAAAUCUCCGGCUGGUCGACGAUGACGGGGAUGCUGAGCAUCGACCGGUUCGGCGCGCUGCGCUCCUCCCUCGAAGCACUACACCCGUUUAUCUGUCCUUCACCGUCAGCAUCAAUACCCCAGGAUGCCCUCUGCGCCGCAACGUGGCAAACGGCAAUGCUGGAACUGCAGAUCUGGUCGCCCGCCCAUACGUCGGGGAUAAUUCAGACGUCGAUAUCUUCGCUUCUUGAACACAGCACGAGUACGCAUCUGUCCCCGUCCCCGGCAAUUCUCUGCGAGGAGAUCACUGCGCAGGCGAUCAAACCGCAUAUUGGCUGGUUUUUGACGUACCUGGAUACUACGGUUCAGGUUAACGGGGAGGCGCCGUGGGUUGCAGUGUAUGCGUACAAGGCUUUUCUUAUCGCCUGGCAGCUUGUUCGCGGGGGUGUUGAGGGGGCUAUGGGGGUAGUUAAUGUAAGUGAUGGUGAUGUACAAGGGGCUGUGGAUUGGGCAAAGAUGGUGUUUGGCCGACGGCGGAAGUGGGAGGUGGGAAGGUUGAUCAUGAGGUGCUUGGAUAGGAUAGGGGCUGAUAUGGUAUAA